GGCCCACCCACUCUAACAUCCUUCCACAUCAACCGUGUGGCUUUAUCUUGGCCUGAACCCACCUACGGCAUACUCUUGCCGACGCUCGCCCACCUGGCUCCAUCCCUAAACCUACACUCUGAGAGCCGCACUAUACUGUCUCGUGCAAUGAACCCGCAGAUUCUCAUCACCCCCCAUCCGUCUACUUCUACGCAAGACGACCGCCGCCAGUCCUACCCCGACGACAUGUCGACUUCCUCAUCCAACUCUUCCAUCAGCGACACGGAGAUGAAAAACGACCCCACACUACAGACCAGGCCCCGUCUAGGGAGCAGGAAAUCCAGCGGCACCAUCAUAAUACCCCGCGACAGCCCCAAUGUUGAGAUGAAGGAGGAGGAGGAGGAGUACGAUGAUGGUGAUGCGCGGACCAUGAGCCCUCGCCGGAGUAGCGAAGAAAUCGAGAAGAUGGGCCAGGAUGCUCGGCAAGCUCUGAUAGAACAAGCCAAAGCUCUCCAAGCCAGCCUGAUGCAGAUUGUUGAUCGCGUCGAGGUUGUCAAGAACGAGCAUGAAAAGCUCGAAGGCGGCAACAAGUUCCUGCAAUCAUAUAUUGGCGAGCUCAUGCAAACGAGCAAGCUCACCUCUGCGGGCGCUGGAAAAGCGUCCAAAGUCAAGGGCAAGGGCAGAAUUAUCAAAUAA